AUGUCUGCGCCAGUGGAAAUCACCGAGGACGACUGCAAGGUAUUGGACCAAAUGGACGUUAACCUCAUCCCUAGUAGCUUAGAAAAUAUGUUUCAUGGGUACUACGGCGAAAAGGACGAAGGCCGUAUCGCAGAGCUGGCAACCAUUAUCGAGGCCAUUUUCCCCAUUAUCGGUGGCGACUCCUCGGAUGGUAUUGGCCUGAUGAGUUGUGACGAGGCAGGUUUCCACGACAAGAAGCAGUCUGCCGGCCAGAUUGGUGCUGCUCUUAACAACCUCGCGCCAUCUACCCUGUCGCCAGUCGAUGAAACACUUGACUUCCUAUUGAGCUGCCACUGGAAUCAAUUCGUAGGGGACCUCACCGGCAUGAAACCUCUCUGCACCAUCGUCAUUAUCCAUGGCGCUCCGCCUAAUCCAGACUGCCUCAAGCGUGUCAUCUUCCGAUCCAUGUUCCAGAGUUAUCUCUUCAACGCAAAAAGACACCAAGUCCGAUUAUUCUUCUUCCAGAUGGGCAACCCAGACAAGUUGAAGGGCCAGGAUGGCCACGACCUCUAUAUACAAACCACCAAUUCAGCCACGGCCUUUCUUUGGGACCUGGAUGAAAACCUCAAAAAGGAUUACCUGGGCUGA